AACUGAUUCUGCCAUCAGUUGUUGUGCAAGCGUGUACGAGUACGGUACCCCGUACGCGCAUACGGCAGCGGCAUUUUGGCGUAAAAAUCCACAAAGACCAAUUUCUAGUUUCCCAAAGAUUUAUUCUGAAGACUGCCCACAGCGGUUUCAAAAAACAAUAAUUGUUUAUCACGCGCAGACAUUGACAACCCUGAAAGUGUUCCGCUUGGCGAGGAAAGAACAGCUAAAAGUGAAACUCAAAAGUCAAGGAAAACGUCCAAAUGAUGAAAGAAUUCAGAGCAAGGCUAAGCAAAUCGCAGUAGUGGCGGUGCAAACAAUCAGCAAUGUCGGGUGACGGCAGCGUGGAGACAACUACGCGGCACCUUAAAGUGUGUUCCGGUUCCGGAGAAGGUAGCAGACAGCAGCAGCAGCAACAGCCGAAGCGGCAGAAGCGAUUAUCGACUGGGACAACGCCCAAGAAGCCGAGCAAAGCUGGCAACAAUCUUGGCCUAAUGACAGCUGGCAACAGCAGAGCAAGCGGAAGCGGAAGCGGAAGUGGGAUUGGAGCUGCAAACAUCCAAUCGGCCUCAAAGGUGGGCACCAUGACGACAGUAACAGCGACGCCAGGCAAAGCCACGCUCAGUCACGUCCAUAGCCAUAGCCAUAGCCAUGGACAUGGCCGGGGGCAUGGGCAUGGGCAUGGACGGGGCGGCAGAAGUGGUCGGGGCGGUGCUGUAACUGGCGCAGGAGCCGGCGGUGGACCGAGGACAGCUGGUCAGUGCAACGUAGACGGAUUCGCGGGCGGAAUUGAGACAUACCUGGGCCUCAUCGGAUGGCGCAAGAAGUGCCUGUACACGCUGUUGCUGCUGCUGAUGCUGCUCAUUGUCACAAAUCUGGUGCUCACCCUCUGGAUAAUCAAAGUGAUGCAGUUCUCAUUGGAGGGCAUGGGACAACUGAAAAUCUUACCCGGUGGCAUACAGCUGUCGGGAACAGCGAUAAUUAUGGACAUGCUACGAACAUCAACAAUCCGUUCGAGGCCUGGCCAUCCCAUAUCCAUAGAAUCAUCACGUAAUUUUUCAAUCAAUACACGUGACGCGAAUGGUAUGAUUGAGAAUCAUUUAUUUCUGGGACACGAUAAGUUCGAGUGCCUGGCGGCGACAUUUCGCAUCAACGAUACGAAUGGACGAAACCUAUUUUCCGUAAAUCGAAAAGAAGUCACAGUCGGUGCGCACUCACUGCGGAUCGACGGUGAGGGUGGCGCCGUCUUCAGGGCCUCUGUGCAGACGCCACAUGUGCGUGCCGAGCCGGGACGGGAGCUAAGACUUGAGUCACCCACGCGUCAAUUGAAGAUGGCUGCAGCCAAGGACAUCAAUUUGCAGUCGCGUGCCGGGGCCAUUGAUCUCGUGGCCCUGAAUGAUGUGAAGUUGCGAUCCCUGGACGGAAGCGUGCGACUGGAGUCAUCCAAAAUCCUCAUGCCCAAUCUGCGCACGGCCCAACCACCCAUAAUGGGUUCUGCCCAGAGUCGAGAGCAUAUGCAUCGCGUCUUCCAGCUCUGUGCCUGCUCCAAUGGCAAGCUCUUUCUGGCUGCCCCGCACUCGAUAUGCGCCGGGGAUGAUUCCACUGUUUGCAGGUGAUCUCACAGCAACAAACGCUGGCCAUCGGCAACCAAUACCGAUGGCGAAACUUAAUCAGAGAGCGGAAAAUCGGAGCGAAAAAAUACGGAAAACAACAGGCAUAUGUAUAUCAAAUAUUUGCUAAUGCUAACUGAAAACUAACUGAUACUGAAGUGAAGUGAAGUGAAGUAUAUAUAUAUAUAUUGGAAAAAUCCUAGAGAACAUACAAUACAUACGAUCCUGCAUUCAUUAUCGUUCAUACCAACUAAACAUAGUAUUGAACCUGUA